AUGCUUUCUUUUCAUGAACGAUCGGCGCGAACAGCGCCACAAGACAAGCCCGAUGUAGUCCUUGCGAAGGGCGUGAGCGGCUCAGAGCACUGCAUUGACUGCCGCCAUGACUCGUACAGCGUGGCUGACGUUGGUGCCAUGCCUUGGGGCGAUGAGGAGUAUGCCAUGUGGAUUCUUCCUGCGGUGCAGAGCCGAGAGCAGGCAUUUGGUAUGCAGACAGAUCCACAGACAUGGCGUGAGCCUGAUUGGAGUGGAACUCCUCUUUCCACCAUUCUCCCCACGAACGCCCCGCUUCAGGAGCCAGCUCCCUUAUCUGUCGAUGGAAGGCGGUCACGUUUGACGGCCCCUCGUGCUCAAAGUAGUGACGACGCGACUGAGGAAGUGCGGGCUCGGACGAGGUUGGAGCGCCGCCGGGCUCAAAAUCGUGUGUCGCAGCAGGCAUUCCGUGCGCGCAAAGAAAGGCACAUCAAGGAGCUUGAAAGACGGCUCCAGGCAUUAACAGCCGAGCACGAAGCAUUGCUCAAGAACUUUACCCGCAGACAGGAUGAGAUUAAUGGAUUAAACACAAUGAUUGCGGACCUUCGUGUGGACAUAGAUAUCCUCUCGGGUACUCAGACAGAUUCUGAAGAUAGAGCCCCGUUCAAUCUGGAAUAG